CGACCGCCGGUGAACGCACCAAAGCAAUGCUUAGUAGUGGAGAGCCUCCUCGCUUGCUUAAACUUUUUGUUGCCACCAUUUAAGGUUUUAUGUCUUAAUUUUGGUGUUGACAAUAAACGUUUACCUCACAAUGGCGGCCGACGUCGAGUCUAGGAGACACACUGUGCUCGCUUUGACGAAUCUCAAAAAAGUCCGCGGGGAAGUUCCCCAGGAAAUCCCCCGCUUGGUUAUAUUAUUGUCAACGAGUGGUGAGCCAGACCUAACAACACGCGGCGCUGCUCCCCGGAUAUACUCGUCAAGUGCCGGAUGACUAAAAGACAAUAGUGCCGUUAAACGACCACCCCGAGACACCCGACGCCGGAGCCCCGACAUGGAUCACGACAGCGCGGACAAGAAGCGGAGCUACAGCACCCUCAACACUUUGUACCAUGAGUGCAGGGAGGAGAUGGAGCUCCUGGAGAAGCAGCUCGCCCUCAAGGACAACAUCAUAGCCGAGCUCAAGGCCAGGCUGGCCGGCCACGAGAGGACGUGCGUGACGGUGGGCGACAACCAAUCUGUGGUGGUCGGGCCGUCCAAGUCCUUGCUGGAGAGUUUGUGUCAGGAGAUCUGCAAACUGAAACAGAAGAGGAACGAGACGGAGUUCAAAGCGUCCAGACAAGCUGAGGAGAUCCAGAGGCUGACCACGCAGCUCCGAGAGAAGGACCUGGACCUGGAGAGAGUCCAGAGCGGGCCCGAUCACGAGAAAGACAGCGAGAUCCAAAGGCUGCGUGUGGCCCUGGGCGAGAGGGAGCGCUCGGAGGCCACCCGGGCCGUGCUGUGCACCUCGCUGGCCGAGGAGGCCGAGCAGCUGAGGGGCCAGUUGGGGACCACCGUGAAAGUGUGUCGACAGCUGCUGGCCAGGAUGGAGAGGACCAAGACUGGCGAGGGAGACGCUCAGGAAGGGGCUCAGCAGCAGACUAAGAAGCUGCCGGCAUCACCUGACAGGUUCGUGGACGCCCAAAUGCGUCAGCUUCAGGAGGAGAAUCGGCAGUUAAAGCAGCGCGUCACCUACGUCCAGGGUCUGAACACGCAGUGGCAGAAGUACGACUCCAGCAGGGAGGACUACAUCCGAGGACUGGGCCAGCGCCUGAAGACGGGCGCGGGCCAGGGUCCGCUUCCCGGCCGGGGCUCGGCCAGCAGCGGCUUGCUCCACCACGAGAUCGCCAGGCUCAACGGCUCGCUGGAGGACAAGAUGAGCGAGUGCGCGCGGCUGAAGAGAGAAAUGGAGGAAGUACGUCGAAACGACGGAGAGCGCAUCCAGACUCUGGAGCAGCAGGUGGUCAUCUACACAGAGGACUUUAAGUCGGAGCGUGCAGACCGCGAGCGAGCGCAGGGUCAGAUCCAGGACCUGAAAGAGCAGAUCUGUCAGCUGAAGCGACACAACGAGCAGGGAGCGAGCAGGGACGUGCCUCUGUGUCACGUCCACAUCGGACACCGGGUGUCCUCGCGGCGGCACAGGGACACCGUGGAGCACGUGGUGAGGACAAACAAGUCCGCCACGCAACGCCAGCCAGCCCCUUCCUCGACAACACAGAACCCCGCCUUAAACGCACAACUAUCAGACCUACAGUGCCCGCGCUGCCUCGCCACGUUCAACGAGGACGCCGCCGCCGAGUAUCUCAACCACUGCGAAGAGUGCGCCACGCUAUGAGGCAAAGACCUCGUUUUUUGGAGCACAAAGACUCGGGUGACGUCCUGUGGAUGUAACGGAUCAUCAUAUACCUCAACGUGUCAGAAGGACAAGACUUUCUUACGUAUUGCCAAAAUGAAACCGUGGCAGGUUGGCUACUUUGCACAAGUCCUGGGCCACCCACCAGUAAACUGUCCUAUUCUCUAGGAACUAGGAAGUAGUCCAACAAAACACGAAUACGGCACAAUUCGGCCUUGGUGGAGGUAAUUUGGAAUUUUCUGUUCAAUCGUGGCCCCAGACUUUUGCACAGUGCCGUAGAAACAUAAGCUUCUGUGUUGAAUCACAAAAUCAAGUUGGUGCUAGAAAUCUUUU